AUGUCGAGUCCGGACUUCCUGGUUUUUCCUUCUAAAUCUCGGCAUGGAGUCCCAUCGAUCGCGACCAUUCACCAUGUCUCAAGUUAUAAUCGGUUGAAAAUCAGGAGAAAUGACAUUCAAUGGACAUUUAUUAAUGAUUUUCUACCCAGAGAUUCCAUGAUCCGGUCCUAUCGGGAUAGAAGUGUUGGUUCAAUAAGGGCCAUUCUUCCAAUCCAGCAACGAAGAGGGACAGCGACAAACAAAUCUGAAGAAGAGAAAAAAUCACCAGAAAAUUCCAAAUCGAAGCCUCGAUUGCUUUCCCGACUCCCUGCGUCGCUGCAUGAAAAUAUUUACACCGUGCCAAACAUUUUGACCUUCUCGCGCCUCGCUGCUGCUCCGAUCGUCGGAUAUUUACUCGUUAACAAUUAUCACGUUGCUGCAUUAUCAUUAUUCGCCUAUGCCGGGAUUACGGACCUUAUCGACGGAUAUAUUGCGCGACGAUACAACCUUCAGACUGUCGUCGGGACGAUCAUUGACCCUGCAGCCGACAAAUUGCUCAUGACGAUUAGCGUCGUGUGCUUAGCGUUGAAUGGAUCGAUGCCGGUCUGGCUGGCUGUUCUUAUCCUAGGACGAGAUAUUGGUUUGAGUAUCUCGGCAAUCUAUUAUCGGUGGAUCUCUCUACCACCACCCAAGACCAUGGCCCGAUACUGGGACUUUUCGCUUCCGUCCGCUGAGGUGAAGCCUACGGGGAUCUCCAAAGUGAAUACCGCUCUCCAGCUCCUCCUCGUGGGAUCUUCUAUGGCCCUGCCUGUCGUUCCUGAUUGGCUGUCGGGUGCAUGGGGUCUGAGCGAUGGCAUGAUAGGAUUACAGGUGUGGAAAACAGGGCUUCCCGUCCGCUCAGCCGUACUUAAGCCACACGCCGGCUGGUUAGUAGUUGGAUACCUCGUCGCCAUAACCACAAUCUGGUCCGGACUCAGCUACGUCUUCUCCAAAGACGCGGUCAAGAUCCUCACAAAAAAGGAAAUUCAGGAAAGGAUUGCUCGCGCUGAGGCAGCGAGAAGAAAGCGCUGA